CCACGGCCGGCGGACGCCGGUGACGCAAUCGCGUCGAGCCGGGAUGGUGGCAGGACGCCGGGGAAGAUGGCGUCGCUGCUGCAGCUGGAGCGGGUGGUUUACCUGGUGAACGGGGAGAAGAAGCUGCGGCUGCCUCUGUCGCAGCUCUACUUCUGCCGCUACUGCCAUGAGCUGCGCUCGCUGGAGUGCGUCUCCCAUGAGGUGGAUUCUCACUAUUGCCCAAGUUGUCUGGAGAACAUGCCCUCAGCUGAGGCAAAACUGAAGAAGAACAGGUGCGCCAAUUGCUUUGACUGCCCAAGCUGCAUGCAUACUCUCUCCACGAGAGCGACAAACAUCCCGGCACCCCUGCCUGAUGACCCAGCCAAGACCACCAUGAAGAAGGCUUACUACCUGGCCUGUGGCUUCUGCCGCUGGACUUCUAGGGAUGUCGGCAUGGCAGACAAAUCUGUGGCCAGUGGAGGGUGGCAGGAACCAGAGAACCUUCAUACCCAGAAGAUCAAUAAAUUGCUGGAGUAUUACCACCAACUGGCACAGAGAGAGAAGAUUGAGCGUGAUCGAAAGAAGCUGGUCAGACGUAGAAACUACAUGCCUUUAGCCUUUUCUACACACACUAUACACGUGGUGGACAAGUACGGCCUUGGCACCAGACUGCAGCGACAACGAGCAGGGGCUCCUAUUAUUACCCUUGCCGGACCAACGUUGAAAGAAGCAGAGGACCACAAGGAAAUUAAGAUUGAACCUGCUCAGGCGUCGGAAGAGGUGGAGCCGCUGCCAGAGGAUUACUACACCAGACCCAUUAACCUGCCCGAGGUGACCACCCUUCAGCAGCGACUGCUGCAGCCUGACUUUCAACCCAUCAGUGCCUCCCAGUUGUAUCCAAGGCACAAACACCUCCUUAUAAAACGCUCGCUGCGUUGUCGGAAGUGUGAACACAACCUGAGCAAGCCAGAGUUCAAUCCAACCUCCAUCAAGUUCAAGAUUCAGCUGGUUGCCGUCAACUACGUUCCAGAGGUGCGAAUUCUGACCAUUCCCAACCUGCGCUACAUGAAGGAGAGCCAAGUGCUGCUGACACUCACUAACCCUGUGGAGAAUCUCACCCACGUGACCCUGCUGCCCUGCGAAGAGUCAGACCCUGAUGACGUGUAUAGCACUGCCAAGGUCCUGCUUCCUUCCAAGGAGAUUGUCCUGGCUGGGAAAGACGCAGCAGCCGAAUACGACGAACUCGCUGAACCUCAGGAUUUCCACGAUGACCCAGAUGUCGUGGCCUUCCGGAAGUCCAACAAGGUGGGCGUCUUCAUCAAGGUGGUGCCGCAGAGGGAGAGUGGAGCUGUCAACGUCAGCUUCAAGCUGCGCUACGACUUCAGGAACCCGCCGGGGGCCAUCCGGCCGGCUGACGAGGGGGAGCUGAGUGCCGAGGUCAUCUGGCUGACUCAGCAUGUCGACCUGAGCCUGGGACCCCUGGCUGCCUGAGGCUGGGACCCCCACCCCUCACCCCCCUUCCCUCGGGCAGGUGGGGUUGUGAGGGCCAACACGUACACACACGCACACACAGCCGAUACUGGGUCCCCCUCCCCUUCCACCCUCCCCUCUCACCCCCUCACCCCCUCCCCCUCUCUCCCUCUCCCUCCUCCCCCUCCCCCCCUCCCCUCUCCCUCCUCCCCCCUCCCCUCUCCCUCCUCCCCUUCCUCUCCCCACCGCUGACCCCCUGCCCCAGCGGGUGAGAGGGUCAGAGGGACUGGAGCUCAUCCGGAAGCUUCUUUGAGCGUGCGGGAGAAACGUGACGAGAGACUCGACACAAACCUCUUCGCGCGCCUCGUAAACCGGUCUGCUGGAGGAACUCGGUGGGUCAGGCAGCAUCCGUGGAGGGAGAUCAGCAGCCCAGGUGAAGGCUCUCGACCCAAAACACCGACUGUCCAUCCCAUUCCCCUCCCCACAGACACUGAGUUCUCGACCCACUGAGCUCCUCCAUCAGAUCGUGUGUUGCUCCAGAUUCCAGAGUCUGCAGCCUCCUGCCUCUCUCUCAGUUGCCGGCUUUUGAACAAACUUUCGAUUUAAGUUGCGCUCUGUCUCUGGGUAGACUUGAGCAAGAUGCUGCAGGGCUUGUCUCCGUGCACCGGGCGGUCCGGAACUCGGCGGGCUGAGCACCAUCUGUGUUGGGGGAAGGAAUUAUCGACUUUUCGAGCCGAAACCCUGCAUCAGGACAAUUCCUCUCCCUCCCACAGAUGCUGCUCGACCCGCUGAGCUCCUCCAGCAGAUCGUUUAUUGCUCCAGAUCCCAGUGUCUGCAGUCUCUGUCACUCUGCGCUGCGUCGCGCGCACAUUUGAGGUGUGUGGGGGGGGCGAUGUACCAGGCAGAGAGGAGGCUGCAGUGUCCCGGAAUACACCCCUCCCUCCCUCUGUGGCCCCCUGCCCUCCCUCGCCCAGAGCUGUAGCUUGACUCAGAGCCCACAGUAUAACUCCGAUCCAUCUGGCCCCCACGCUGCCCGAUCUCGGACCUGUCGUCCUGGAUCCAGACCCAAAGCUGGGAGACACUAUGCACGGGAGAAAUGCAGUCACGCCGUUACAGUCCCUUCCACCCCGCCGUUGGCACGCGCGAGGCUAGGACGAAAAGGCCGUUCAGCCCAUCAGUUGCUCUGCUGCGUUGUCUGACCACCACCUCUUCCUCCAGCCCCCGCUACUGUCCCCACCAGCUCCCCCCACUCUGUGCGGCUCCCUCAGUACGCAACUACCUGUAAGCAUUGUGCUGUGACAGUUAAUGUUCUAGUGUAUUAAUGUGUAACUUAUAUCGACUAAACAAUAAACACACAGUUAGACCCCUC